CCCAGUUCUCCCUCCCUCACCUUUCUUAUUCACUAUGAAAUCUUUGCUCACGCAAAUCCCCAAUUUUCCUUUAUUGCCCACCAUCUCCAAUUAUAUAUCACACCUUUACCCCCAUUUCCCGCAAUACCCACCAUCCUCCUCUCAAAUUCCACCUCUCACUCUCCGACUUCCUCGCCAACUUUCCUGUCGCCCGCGACCGCAAUCGCGGGCUAUGCCUUCAGAAGCGCCGCCUCAAGCGCUGGCUAUGCCCAAUUAUUGGGGCUAUACUCCAGAGGAGGAGUACUACGCCUCCCGGGGAGUCCGGAACUCGCAAUCGUACUUCGAGACCCCGAACGGGAGGCUCUUCACGCAGUCAUUUCUGCCUGCGGAAAAGAGCCUCCCGGUCAAGGGGACGGUUUUCAUGACCCACGGAUACGGAUCGGACUCCGGGUGGAGCUUCCAGGAGAUUUGCAUUAACUACGCGUCGUGGGGGUACGCCGUCUUCGCCGCCGAUCUCCUCGGCCACGGACGCUCCGACGGGAUCCGGUGCUACAUCGGGGAGAUGGAGAAGGUGGCGGCGGCGUCCCUGAGCUUCUUCAAGAGCGUUAGGUGUGGGGAAGACUAUAAGCAUUUGCCGGCUUUCUUGUUCGGAGAGUCAAUGGGUGGGCUUGUCACCAUGCUGAUGUACUUCCAAUCUGAGCCUGACACGUGGACUGGGCUCAUUUUCUCGGCCCCACUUUUUGUCAUUCCUGAGCCCAUGAAGCCAUCUAAGCCACAUUUGUUCGUGUAUGGACUGUUAUUUGGGCUAGCUGAAACAUGGGCCAUGAUGCCAGACAACAAAAUGGUUGUGAAAGCCAUAAGGGACCCAGAAAAGCUUAAAGUGAUCGUGAGAAAUCCAAGAAGAUACACUGGGAAGCCCAGAGUGGGAACAAUGCGGGAGAUCGCGCGGCAAACAGAAUAUGUCCAGAAAAAUUUCCACAAAGUGACAGCACCUUUUCUGACGCUGCACGGGACCGCCGACGGGCUCACUUGCCCGUCGGGCUCGGAGAUGUUGUACGAAAAGGCGAGCAGCGUUGACAAGUCGCUGAAGCUGUACGACGGGUUGUACCAUUCGCUCGUGCAGGGCGAGCCGGAUGUGGACGCGGCUCGCGUUUUAGCUGAUAUGAGGGCUUGGAUUGAUGAAAGAGCACAAAAGUAUGGUCCCAUGCUGAAUGACACCGUUUGAGUGUUCGCAUGAAUUACUAUAUAAUUACAUAAUCAUCUGGGCUCAUGUAUUAUUAGAGUCCUUAUCAAUUAAGCAUGUGUAACUCUAUCCCUCCUACCGCUUGUAUGUAUAUUGAUAUGAUACUCCUCAUAGUAUGUUUGAUGGAGCAUCUGAUACACUUGGAUUCAGAUUGUUGAAUUGUGGGUAAGAGAACUAAAUAGAGAACAUUUCAAAAUAAG